UCACCUGGUCAGCUCAUGUUCAGCAUUUUUAAUUGUAAUUCAUUUGUUCUUUGUUUAUGCGAGGACACACAUCAGUUGUUUGUUUGGUGUUUGAGAGGUCAAACUGCAUUUCCGAUGUCCUCUAGUGGUGGUUCUCCUGGCCGCUUUGGGCGUGCCCGAAAUGCACCUCACUAUAACGAUGAACCUCUAGGCUCAUUACAGAAGAGUAAUGGCCUUUCUAGUUUGCAACAUCAGAGAUCAUCAGAUUUGGCUCUGAGCUUAGACCCUCUGCCUCCUCCUCCUCUCCCUGACGAGCCUCCGAUUGGGCCGGAGUCCGAACUUGGCGAUAGUGAAAACGGUGAAAAUCCAUCAGUUGACCUCAAACCUGUCCACCGCUUUAUUCCUGACUCCUGGAAGAACUUUUUUAGUGGAAGCAACAGAAGCAGCAAUAGCUCAGCUCCUGUAUCCAGUAAUUUGAACACCACAACAAAGGGCAUUAGAUGCUCUCCACCUAAUUCGCCUUCCGGCUCAGGGUCAUAUCAUGAUAAGUUCGGGGGCUCUGGAGGCAGCUACCAUUCCCACAAAGAGCGUGAAGCUAUGUUAGGAGAGAAUCCAGACUCGAUGGAUGGUCGCACUGCACAUACCACUGCACACACCACUCUGACUUACAGUGAAAGAGUUGAGGAAUACCACCAGCGUUAUGCCUACAUGAAGUCCUGGUCAGGGCUGCUAAGAAUUCUCGGUUGCAUCGAGUUGCUUUUAGGGGCAGCUGUUUUUGCCUGUGUCUGUGCAUACAUUCACAAAGACAAUGAGUGGUACAAUAUGUUUGGUUACUCGCAGCCCCAAAUGUACGGCGGAUAUGGGGGUGCGUAUGGCAUGUAUGGAGACACUUAUUACACAGGGCCCAAGACACCUUUUAUCCUUGUUGUGGCCGGCCUGGCAUGGAUAGUGACCGUGAUCAUACUGGUGAUGGGCUUGACCAUGUACUACCGUGCAAUCCUUUUAGAUUCAAACUGGUGGCCUCUUACAGAAUUUGCGAUCAACCUGGUGCUUGCUAUACUUUACAUGGCUGCUGGUAUUGUGUAUGUAAGGGACACGACGCGAGGCGGACUUUGCUAUUACCCUGUCUUCAACAAUGGCAUCAACGCGGCUUUCUGCCGCGUUGAGGCUGGGCAAACGGCAGCUAUCAUUUUUCUCUUUGUGGCCAUGCUGGUGUACCUGAUAGGAGCUAUUGUGUGCCUGAAACUAUGGAGACACGAAGCUGCACGGCGCUACAAAGAGAAGUACGGCCAUGAGAUGCACACAGAUUUCCCUGUGACUCAGUCUGUGGUAAGACCGAGGAUCUCUGAUCCUGUCCUGAUCUCCUCUACUGCACCUGUUCAGACAGAUGCUUCUGCACCUUCCAAGGCAAAAGUGGUUAAAGGACAUAUUCCACCUGGACACAUUCCCAAACCUGUGAUUGUUCCUGACUACUUAUCUAAAUACCCAGCAAUUCACACUGACGAAGAGCGGGACCAGUACAAAGCUGUCUUUAAUGACCAGUACUCUGAGUAUAAAGAGCUGCACACAGAGGUUCAUGCAACACUGAAAAAGUUUGAUGAGUUGGAUAACAUGAUGCGCAACCUGCCUCGAAACGUAUCCAGUCAGGAGGAAUACGACCGCAUAAACCGAAUCCUUCAGGCCUAUCAGCAAAAGAAAAAUGAUCCUUCAUUUCUUGAGAAAAAGGAGCGAUGCGAAUACCUCAAAAACAAACUCUCUCACAUCAAGCAUCGCAUUCAAGAAUACGAUAAGGUCAUGACAUGGAAUGAUGGCUACAGACUAGAGACCUGGUUGAACGCCAUGACGGGUACCCUUCUAUCCGAAACUGCUGCUGAUAUGCAACACCUGAGCCGGGAACAGCUUGAUGACAACCUGAGUGCAGUGAUGUCUCAUAACCCAGCACAGGACUAUAGCCACAAGGAGCUGGCCAAGAUCUUCGGAGCACUGACCUACAACCUCAUCGCCCGGGUAAAAUGGAUGAAGGAAAAAAAUUCUCGUCUGCAGAGGAACCUGGCACAGGCUCACGACCAGCUAGACCCAGUCCAGGCAGAGACUCGGAGUCAACGAGAAACGGCAGAUGAAGAGGACACAGAACUGCAGGAGGAAGAAAAAGGACUACAACAGGCCCUGACCGAUCUCCAUGCGGACCCAGCACGCAGAGAACAACAGGAAAAGGACACUCAGGAGGAACUCCGACAAGCCAAGGCCCUUUUGAUAAGAGCAGAGACUGAACUUAAGGAUAGAGUUGCCAAAGCUAAGGCAUAUGAAAGGCAUCUACAAAGUGACCCUGAAAAGGAAAUACCAAAUGUGGAAGUUCCCUUAACCAGUGGACUCAUACCCCCAAAACAAGAAUCAACAUUCCAAAAGGGGGGUGAGAAAUCCCGACUCAAGAACUCCCCAGGGUGGGAGACUUUUCAAGAAACCCCGCUUUCCAGUCACAGUGUGGCCACUAAGGAAUUGGACAAACUGGCUAGAAACAUCCCUACUUUCAUGCCAGACCCUGCAGGAGGCUAUGACAUACAUGUCUACCUGCAAAACAUCGACUUUCAUUUACAGACCGUAGCUAACGUCACUACACGAGACCAACUCUACCUCCUCAGGACCACCUCCAGCCGCAAGGUGCGGGGCGUCCUGGAUCGGCAACCAGACAAGAUCAAAAAGGAUUACCAGAAGCUUCGAGACAGCCGAAAAGCCUAUGCCAAGCAAAGGGGGGAGAUGUCUUUCAAGCCGAAUGGGAGUCCACCUCCCUAUGAGUCCGAUCAUGAAUAUGACAUUGUACCACAACCUGCACACUCCUAUUAUGCGGAUGAUGAGAUCCAACACUACUAUCGGUGGAACUCGCCACCAGGUAUCAUCAAAAUCAUGUCGGUCAUCUGCAUCUUCAUGUCUGUUGGGGUUUUUGCAUGUGUGGCGUCCACUUUAGCCUGGGACACCUCUGGAAGUGUGACAGGAUUUUCAGGCGCCUACGGUGGAGGCUACAGUGGAGGCUACGGUGGAGGCUACGGUGGAGGCUAUGCUGGAAACUACGGUGGAGGCACUUCCUUCGGUGGAGGUUUUGGGGGUGGACAAUUUGCCUAUGGCAUUUUGGGCUCACAAAAUGAUCCGAGACAAGCAAAGGCAUUUAUGAUUACAAUGGCCAUCAUUACCUUUCUAAGUGUGAUGGCCAUCUUUGUCAUGCUCGUCUCCCAUCAGCACUGGGCACAAAGCCGGAAGUUCUUCCUGAUUGUCAUCAUUGUUACAGCCAUCCUUGCUCUGUUCAUGCUUGUGGCCACAAUAGUUUACUUGGUUGCAAUAAACCCCAUGGCACAAGCCUCAGGCUCCGUGCAGUAUUACCAGGUUCAGUCCCUGUGUGCCCAGUACCAGGGUUAUCAGCCUACAGAGCUCAUGGUCAACCAGUACCUGUAUCAUUACUGUGUGGUGGAUCCACAGGAGGCUGUUGCUAUUGUUUUUGGCUUCCUGAUCCUCGCUUGCCUUAUUAUCAUCAUGGUUUUUGCCAUUAAGACACGCCAGAAGAUUAACGCUUACGGGAAAGGGAAUAUCCUGUGGCACAAGGAGAAACCUGUUGAAGAGCUUAACCCACCUCAAGAUGUAGAGGAUUGGGUAAAUAAUGUUAACGGUGAUGUAGACCUAGUAAAUAGUGAUUUUCCUCAGAAGUUUAGAGGUUCAAUGGAAUACCUGGAUGACAACAGUACAAACUAUGACAAACCUCCUGUCAGUGAAAGCAUUGUUGGUGUGGAGCACAAUAUUCCAGUUCAGAAUUCAGCUCCUUACUACAGCAGUUCAGAAGUGGGCAGCUCGGCAAGCAAGCCUAAGAAAAAGCGUGCAGGACGCCCCCGUCGUACUGAUGGUAAAGACUACGACACGGACUAUGCAUCUUCUGGAGACGAACUUGAUGACCAUGAUUUCUCCAAUGAAUUCCCCCCCAUUGCUGAUGACGAUGAAAGGGAGAAUUAUAAGCACAUAUUUGACCAAGAUCACCAAGAGUACAAGAAUCUGCAGGCCGAGCUGGAUGAAAUUAACAAGCGGCUUGCCGAGGUCGACCGCGAGCUUGACGAGCAUCAGGAAGGAUCUCAGCAGUACCAGGAGGCCAUGGAGGAGUACAAUGCGCUGAAGGACAAAAAGCGGAGCGUUGAUUACCGGAGGAAGAAGAAGAAAUGCAAGGACCUGAAGGCGAAGCUGAGCCACAUCAAGCGGAUGGUCAGUGAUUACAACAGUAGAAGGUAAAAGAGACUCUGAAGAAUCAAUCCAGACUUCCCACAGCAUCCGUCUGCUGUCUGGCAUCUAAACAUGAAGUAUGGGAGACGAUCGCUCUUACUAGAUAGCACGGAAUUCAAGAGGAUUUUCCAUAAGCUUUUUUUUUUUUUUUUUUUUUUAAACCUGAAUUCUAUGAUAAACUCAGCUGUCUAAUGAUUUUUAGCUCUUGUUUGUUUGUAGUGGUGAAGAAUUUAAGAGCCAUGUAUCACCUUUUUUUUUACCUGGUCAUGUAAGCGGUACCAACUUCCCCUAAGUUAUUUAUACAUUAUUAUCUGUCUGUUUUAUUUUUUUAUUUUUUCCUUUGGGUGAAAACGGCCACAACGGCUUUGUGUUGUCAUGGGACUGUAAGGGUGGUAACAUCAUAUCAUUGUAUGUAAAAUGUUUUUAUCUGUAAAUAUACAAUUGAUCAGUUUGCUGAUUUUACUCUUUUAUUUUUUAUUUUUUUAAAGAUAAAUAAACACUUUAAACAAAUUGGAUUUUACAGAAUUUUUACAUCGAAAAUAAAUGUUUAACAUUUUUUGCAGAAAUA